UUUUUUCUCCCAAACCCUUCCCAUUCGUAUCCAGCUUUCGUUCCUGCCGAGAUCUCCGGCGAUCGCCGCCGGAGAGAUCUCCGGCGAUCACCACGCGGAAUCGGAGGGGACGGGAGCCGCCGCGGAGCUUCAACAGCGGGUGUGAGCAGCGACCGACGCAGGUGCACGUCCAUCUCCUUGCCGCACAGCACGAGCACGGCAGCGGCGUCGGCGUCGCGGGUUUGCGUCUAGCUCGGCUUCGGCUUCAAGCAUCAGCUCCUCGCGGAUAGUCUCAUUAGACAGAAAAUAUGUUGGACAAAAGCUGGAUGCAUAUUCAAAAUCGAUUAAGUCCUGAAUACAAAGAAGGGGUUUCAAAAUUUUUGGAUUUUGCAUUUGGAAUGACAUCUGGAGACACAAUUCCAUGUCCUUGUAAGAAGUGUAAUAAUGUUCUAUUUAAGCAACGUAAUGAGGUUGAGGCCGAUUUAGUGGUGAACGGUGUUGUUACCGGUUAUACACGAUGGUUAUUGCACGGGGAAGAAAUUGAAACAAUUGAGAGUAGUGAUUGUGAUUCAGAUGGUGAGUCAGUACAUGAUAUCUUAGAAGCUCAUUUUGGAGCCCAUAAUGUGGAGAGGUGGGAAACUAGAGACUUAGGUGCAUCUGAUUCAGAAGAACCGAAUGAAGGAGCAACCAAGUUUUUCAAAUUAUUAAAAGAUGGUAAUGAGCAAUUGUAUCCUGGUUGUUCACGGUUCUCAAAACUCUCAUUUGUUAUAAAGCUUUUUCAUAUUAAGUGUCUUAGCCACAUGACUAACAAGGGGUUUUCUAUGAUACUUGAUUUAUUGAGUAAAGCCUUUCCUGAGGGGAACGUCUUACCAAAAUCUUAUUAUGAGGCUAAACGAAUUAUUCAAGAUUUGGGUCUUGAUUAUAAAAAAAUAGAUGCAUGUAAGAAUGAUUGCAUGCUUUAUUGGAAGGAAAAUAGCAGUGCUAAACAAUGCAACAUUUGUGGACUUUCAAGAUGGAAGGUUUGUGGUAAUGGAAAGAGUAAAAACGUUCCUCACAAAAUACUUCGCUAUUUUCCAAUUACACCAAGGCUUCAACGGCUUUUCAUGUCUACAAAAACAGCUUCCGAAAUGACAUGGCAUUAUAAUAGGAUUGAUGAUGGAUUCUUAAGUCAUCCUUCCGAUGCAAAAGCUUGGAAACAUUUUGAUGCAUCACAUCAAUCAUUUGCUAUAGAGCCUCGCAAUGUCAGACUUGGAUUAGCCAGUGAUGGCUUUAACCCCUUUGGAAAAUUUAGUAAUGCUUAUAGUAUCUGGCCUGUAGUUCUUAUUCCAUAUAAUUUGCCACCGUGGUUGUGCAUGAAACAAGAGUAUUUUAUGUUAUCUUUAUUAAUUCCCGGUCCUUGUGGACCUGGAAAUAAUAUUGAUAUAUACUUGCAACCCUUAAUUGAUGAGUUAAAAGAAUUGUGGGAAGUUGGUGUGGAGACAUAUGAUGCUUAUAAAAAGCAAAAUUUUGUAAUGCAUGCAGCUAUUUUGUGGACUAUAAAUGAUUUUCCUGCUUAUGGAAAUUUGUCGGGUUGGGUAAAUAAAGGCAAAUUGGCUUGUCCUUUGUGUAACAAGGAUACUCAUUCUACAUCAUUGAAAUAUGGUGGAAAACUUUGUUACUUAGGACAUCGGCGAUUUUUACCUAUUAAACAUCGAUGGCGGUUCGAAAACAAGUUAUUUGAUCGCACAAGAGAAAACCGCCUUGCACCAAAGCAGCUCUCCGGUGAUGAUGUGCUAGCUCAGUUGCAUGGCAUCCAAUUUCCUUCAUUCGGAAAAACUAUAAAGAACCGAAAGUUUAAUAACUUUACCUGCAUAGAUGGUUGGAAAAAGAAGAGUAUUUUUUUCACCUUGCCGUAUUGGAGAACUUUGUUAUUGCGUCAUAAUUUGGAUGUCAUGCAUAUAGAAAAGAACGUGUGUGAUAACAUACUUGGAACUUUGAUGAAUAUUGAAGGAAAAACAAAAGAUACUAUAAAAACACGUCUUGAUCUCAAAGAAAUGCAUAUACGGGAAGAGCUUCAUCCAAGACAAGAAGGUGACAAGAUAAUUAUUCCAGCUGCGUGUUAUACGAUGACGCCUAAUGAAAAAAAGAUUUUUUGUGAGUUUUUGGCAGAAUUAUUCCAGCUGCGUGUAAUAUUCUGUGACAAACUUUAUUAUCACUAA